UCAACACAACAAGCCUCUUCCAAAACUACCCCCGUAAUCAUCAACACAACAGCUCCUCCAUCUACCCUAUUAGUUAACACAACAGCUCGUUCAACUACCCCAGCAGUGAACACAACAAUUCCUCCAAGUACUCCAGUAGUAAUUACAACUCUAGCUCCAACCGAUCCGUUAACCAAUUUCACCAAUUUAAAGGCAACCCCAGCAACAGAGGCGCCACUGACCAGCCCUCAACUGUCACUGCAGUUCAGCCUGACAUCUGACUUUACUAGCUCUCUGAGCAACAGCAGUUCACCAGAGUUCCUGGCAUUGGCUAAACAAGUGGCUUCACAGCUGGAUAUCUUGUUCAAGGCUGAAUUUGGAGCCAGAUUUAUUCGAACUGUUGUCAAUAGUUUCCGGUCAGGAUCAAUUGUGGUGGAGUCUACGUUGAUAUUCAACAACAUCAGCUCAGUGCCUAACAAUAGCCUGGCAGCACAAACUUUACAAACUGCCAUUACUUCUAACACGUCUGGCCUGACCUUGCCUGUCAAUUCAUCCUCCAUCGUGGUCACGCGCACUACUAUAAUAGCUACUGCAGCUCCAAACGCAGCAGCCACCACCGCUGCUCCAACUGAAGCUGUCACCACCACCGCUCUGGCAGCUGUCACCACGGCACCUCCAGCAGUGGCCACCACCACCAACGCUGCUCCGGUGGCAGCCACCACCACCAACGCUGCUCCGGUGGCAGCCACCACCACCAACGCUGCUCCGGUGGCAGCCACCACCACCAACGCUGCUCCGGUGGCAGCCACCACCACUGCUGAUGCAUCAACUGAUCCUCCAUCUUCUAGUGAAGGAACCCUGAGUCUUCGGUUUAGCCUCAACCAGAUGUUCACCUCGGAUCUUGCCAACUCGUCCUCUUUGGCAUUCAAGGCUCUGGCUGGCACAGUGGUCUCGGAGGUGAACAAGAUUUUUGCUAGCACCCCAAGCUUCCUUCGUUCCAUUGUCAACUCAUUCAAGAGUGGAUCUGUAGUUACCAACAUGACACUCGUGUUCAGAAACAAAUAUUCGGUUCCCAGUGCAUGGAGCGCACAGUCAACUUUCACCAGCAGUUCCACCUCCCUGAACAUCCUACAGGGCAGCAUCAAUGUUGWGUCAUCAGUCAAUUCAGGAAGUGCUCCCCGACCCACUGCCUUCUGUCUGUCUGCUUUGCCUCUCACUUUGGCACUGCUAAUGGUACAGUUGAUGGCUAACUAAUAGCUGGUGUCAUAGCUGCUGUGGCAUUGGCUUGACCAAUGAACUUGACCAAUUCUGACCUAUGUUCCAGCUCCCAUAGAGACACCCUUAAGAUGAAUGACCAGCUUUGGCAGAAGAAUGCACAAUGGACUGUACCUGUGUUAAUUGCAAAAAAGAUAUGUAUUUCAUGUACAGUACAUACCCCCAAGUACACACAAACAAAAACACACCUAAGUUGACUUUUUGAUGUCAAGUAUGAUAUUUGUGACAUUCCUUACGAAUUGGUAUUGUUURUUUUCUGCUUAUGAGUAUUGAUAUUCAUAAUAUUGGUAAUUAAGGGAUAAAACAAAUGUAUGGAUUUUUUUUAAAUAAACCAAUGCAAAAAUGUAUGCGACAAGGUAAAAUGCAUAUACCUUAUCUUUCAAGUGACUGUAUUUCCACUUAUCCAUAUAGGCUCUCAAAGACAUUACUUAGUUAUUUGCAUCUUGUACACAGCAGCUUGCACAUGUUUUAUCUGUUAGAUUUAUAUGGGAAAUAACUAAAAAAUUAGAGAACCUUUCCUGCAACAUGUGACAUUGUUAAGACAUUUUAUCAAGAUUUAUCAAGGAUAAAUGAUUAAAUAAUUCUACACAGAAACUUAACCAUCAGGAUUAGAGGUUAUGUAGCAUGGACAUGGGAAGAAAGGAAUGUAUGUGUGUGUGUCUAAAGAAAACUAAAUGGAUCCUUAAUAACCUAUGUUUGAACCGACUAAGCUAUAACUCUGUGGAGAUAAGGGAAGACAGCAAAAGCCCCUCCAGGUUUUCCGUAUCUGGGGGGGGACUGGAACUGUCAGCUAAGUGGUAAUAAACUGUGGUGAGACUUCAGGAGACAAUCCAGAUUAGUGUGUAUGUAUGUGCGUUAGUAAUAGAAGGGAUAAAAAGAACGGUUUUGUAUAUGCACGUCAGAGAUCUCUCGAGAAUAAACYCUAUUGGUUAAUUUGGAAA